AUGGCAGUGCAUAACACUCUAAGCUGCGGCUAUGCUGGUGCUGGUACAGGUUUCAAAAAAGAAAACAUUACUGUGGUUAUCGGUUUCAAUUUUGAUAGUGCGGCUAAGCUAGUGCUGUGCGGCGAAGCUAGUACUGGUACAGGUUUCAAAAAAGAAAAUGAUACUGUGGUUAUCAGUUUCAAUUUGGAUAGUGUGGCGAAUCUAGUGCUUUGUGGCGAAGCUAGUGUUGGUACAGGUUUCAAAAAAGAAAACGUUACUGUUGGGAUUACCGUCGACUUUGAAGGCGGUGUGAAGCGGCGGUGCGAAGCGGUUGCUAGUGCAAGUUUGAAAAAAGAAAACGUUACUGUGGGGAUGACCAUCGACUUUGAAGGCGGUGCGAAGCGAUUGCUAGUGCAAGUUUGA